CUUGUGUAAAUGUAUUAGAAAGAGAUGUCACUCUUGAACAAUCUGUAUUUACUAAUACAAAAACUUGUGUUAAAGCAGAUUUAAAAAAGUGUUGUCACUUUAUUAGACAAUAUGCAAAAGAAGAAAGAAAUGAAAUUCUUUAUGAGUCUGAUGAUAAUCAAGAAACAAGUUCAACAAGUUCAACCAAAAGUAUACAACAUACAAAAUCUCAU